CUAUAACGCUGUCUAAACCACCAUCUCUUCCCAUAGAAAUGAAACUCCAACUAAGCGAAGCUAAAAUGUCCCCCCGCAACAGCAACACCAUCACAAGCACCGCUCUCCCCCCACCCUCCUCCUCCCCCGCCAUAACCCGCUCCACCAUCACCUCCAGCUCCCUCACCAACCUAACCCCCUCCGACAGCAUCACCCGCAGCACCAUCACGCACUCAACCCUCGCCAACCCACCAAACCCCGACUCCCACAGGGACUCAACCCCAACCCGAAUCCACCGCUCGCAAAUAACCCACAGCCACCUAACCCGCACCUCCCUCCGCCGCUCCACGCUAACAAACUCGCACAUGUCCCUCUCAACCGCCAAAUCCCUGCACAGCACAUCCUCCCGCAUCGAAAAUACAUCUCUCCGCCGCUGCGAUGUCCAAAACGCAACGCUCUCCUCAUCCGUCCUGACGCGCUGUAACCUGCGGGAUGCGGUGGUCGAGGAAACCCGACUUCGACGGAGUCAGGUGGUGUCGAGUCGCGUGGUCAAGAGCCAUGUGAAGAAGGCUACUGUAAGGGAUUGCGAGGUUACGGGGUGUGUUUUGCUGGGCGGGGAGUAUCGGGGUAUGGUUCUUAGGUUUGGGGUCUGGAAGGGGGGGAGGUUGGUGGGGAGGAUGGUUGGGAGGGAGGUUGUGGUUCAGGGGAAGGGCGUUGAUGCGGUGGAUUUCUCUGGAGAGAAGCUAGAGGAGAGGAGUGUUGAGGCGUGGAUGAAGAUGGAGGCGGAUUCGGAGAGUGAGGAGAGCGGGGAGGAUGAGGAUGAUGAUGAGAAGGGUGCGGGAGAGAAGAUCAAGGAAAAGAAGAAAGACAAACAGAGAGAGAGUCGCCAUGAGGAGGCGCCGCCGCCGUAUUCGGAAUUGCCCUAG